AUGUGCUCCAGACAGAGCUCCGAAGGCUGCCAUGGAAUGUCCUAUCAGUCCAGUGGCUGCCACACCGGGGGCUCCUCCUACUGUGGAGGCUCAGGGGGCUACGGCGGUGGCAAGAUCAUCGUCAGCUCUGGUGGUGGAGGAGGUGGAUCCUGCUGCAGUGGGGGCUCCUCAAGUUAUGGCAUAGGAGGAGGCUACAGUGGUGGAUCCUGUGGGGGAUCUGGCCAGAAGAUCAUUGUUAGCUCAGGUGGUGGAGGAGGCUGUUGCAGUGGGGGCUCCAGUGGUGGGUCCUCAGGGGGCAAGAUCAUCAUUGGAGGUGGAAGCAGUGGAGGAUACUCUGGAGGCUGUAGCGGAGGAUCCAGUGGUGGGUAUUCAGGAUCAAAGAGCAUCAUUGGAGGUGGAAGCAGUGGAGGAUACUCUGGAGGCUGCAGUGGAGGAUCCAGUGGUGGGUAUUCAGGAUCAAAGAGCAUCAUUGGAGGUGGAGGUAGUGGAGGAUACUCUGGAGGCUGUAGCGGAGGAUCCAGUGGUGGGUAUUCAGGAUCAAAGAGCAUCAUUGGAGGUGGAAGCAGUGGAGGAUACUCUGGAGGCUGUAGUGGAGGAUCCAGUGGUGGGUAUUCAGGAUCAAAGAGCAUCAUUGGAGGUGGAGGUAGUGGAGGAUACUCUGGAGGCUGUAGCGGAGGAUCCAGUGGUGGGUAUUCAGGAUCAAAGAGCAUCAUUGGAGGUGGAAGCAGUGGAGGAUACUCUGGAGGCUGUAGCGGAGGAUCCAGUGGUGGGUAUUCAGGAUCAAAGGGCAUCAUUGGAGGUGGAAGCAGUGGAGGAUACUCUGGAGGCUGUAGCGGAGGAUCCAGUGGUGGGUAUUCAGGAUCAAAGAGCAUCAUUGGAGGUGGAAGCAGUGGAGGAUACUCUGGAGGCUGUAGCGGAGGAUCCAGUGGUGGGUAUUCAGGAUCAAAGAGCAUCAUUGGAGGUGGAGGUAGUGGAGGAUACUCUGGAGGCUGCAGUGGAGGAUACUCUGGAGGCUGUAGUGGAGGAUCCAGUGGUGGGUAUUCAGGAUCAAAGAGCAUCAUUGGAGGUGGAAGCAGCGGAGGAUACUCUGGAGGCUGCAGUGGAGGAUCCAGUGGUGGGUAUUCAGGAUCAAAGAGUAUCAUUGGAGGUGGAAGCAGCGGAGGAUACUCUGGAGGCUGCAGUGGGGGCUCCUCAAGCUAUGGUAUUGGAGGAGGCUACAGCGGUGGAUGCAGUGGGGGAUCCAGCCAGACCAUCAUCAGCUCAGGUGGUGGAGGUGGAGGAUCAUCUGGAUGCUGCAGCGGAGGAUACAGUGGUGGUUCCUCAGGCCAGACAAUCAUCAUCAGCUCUGGAGGGCGCAGCGGAGGGUCCUAUCUGUCCUCCCAGCAGAAAUGCCCUAUUGUCAUCCCCCACAUACCGUCCCAUCAAACCAAGCAGUCCUGCCACUGGCUCCCCAGCUACCACAAGUAA